AGUCUGAUCGAAUUAGAAUUUUGCAAACCGACGGAAGGAACGUGUCUGCACGUAAUCCUCACUCCUGAUCGCUUUAUCAAAUCUGCGUUUACGUAAAAUAGCCCAACAUCUUAUGAAGGCCGUGGCGGGGAUGUGUAUUUUUGCUGUGUCUCGGCGUGAGAUGUAAACACAACAUGCUACUGUUCUAAAAAAUCAGGCGCGGUGCUAAAGACAUAAAAGGCCAUUGGAACCGCCAAGAUGGCCAGACCACCGCAUGAUGCACCCCACACACUGGGGCUGAAUGUAGCCAUGGAUAUGGCUGAAACUAUUCGAAGAACUUUUGAAGAUCAAUUCACUUGGUUAGAUGAAAUAUUAGCAGUGUGCAAACAGUCUUUUGCAAGACCUGAAGUUGAACUUUUGCCCAAAACACCAUCAGCAAAGAGACGAAGAAAACCCCGCAAAAAGAUUGUUGAAGAAGAUGAAGAUGAGGAAGAGGAGUAUACCACAAGGAGAACGAUCAAAGCCCGAGAUCAAGAUGAUAUGGAUGACUUUGAAGAAACAUCUGCAAAAGCCACUCGUAAAGGCCGAUCUACCAGAGCAACUAGAGCCAAGAAAGCCCCAUCUGAGGUCAAUACGGGGUCACAGAGGUCAACCAGGAGCACAAGGUCAAGGAAGAAAGAUGUCAGUAUGGCAGAAUCCCCUGUAUACAGCAUGGUGGCGGCCAUGAAAGAGAGGAAUGGAGGACGACUGCUUGGAGACCUACGGCAACUUGAUGAAUCAGACAUUGAUAAAACACCUGUUGCUCGCCAGGUAGCAAGCAUCCGAAGUCCAUCUCCAAGCACACCGAAGAUCCAAUCUUCAAGCACCGUCAAAAGCAAGAUCAGUCGCAAAUUCAGUGUGAAGGACAAAGCAAGUGCAUAUGAAGAAAUGUUAGCAAAGCGAACAAGCCAAAGCCCUGCCAGUCCACGGUCGCCAUCAAGCCCACUGAAAUGCAGCAGAACGCCAGGCACCCCUCCCACCCCGAAUACUGUUACCCAGAAAGCUAGAACUACUGCACUAAGACUUGAGACUGACAGUCGGUCAGAGAGCCGGAGGUCGUCUAGACAGUCACUGAAAGUGUUGGCAUCGAAGGCUCGACUGUCCAGCGCCAGGGGAAGGCCCAGCUUGGUUGGAGCUAAAGUUGUGUCAGUGGACAAGGAGGAAGAGUCGUUACAGAGAGCUGCUGAAACAGAGGAAGUGGAGAUGGAAACAGUUGAUGAUACAGACGAACAACCCAAGAAGAGUGCUAGAACAAGAUUACGCCUGAAGAAAAACACAGAAAAUGACUCAAGUGAUGCAGGUAAAGAAGUGGAAGCUGUAGCAGUCCCACCAUCCUCUUCCUCAUCUUCCUCUGCAGACUCUGAUACUGAAAACCGACCAGUCAAGAAGACUUGUCGUGAAACUGAUAGAGUUGUGGAAACAGAGCCUCGACUGUCAUAUGACAAACUGUACAAAGAGGACAAAGACCACCCAGAUGUUACUUCCGACUCCGACAUUGAUGGUGGCAAGAAGAGAACAAAAGCAAGAAAGACGAAGAAGUCUCAGGUAGAAAGUUCAGAGCAGGAAACAAGUGCUGCCGGUAAGGAGUCAGAAUCUGAAACUGAUGCUCCUGUCAGGCAGAGCACACGGACUAAGACACGAAAGAAUGCUGAAGCUAAGGAAAAGUUGCGUCCUGCCUGUAGUGAGUCGGAGUCGGAGUGUGACAGGCCGGUACGGCAGAGCACAAGAACCAAAACCAGAAAAACAAAGACAGCAGUUGUAGCAUCGGAAAGUGAAUAUUCUGGAUCUGUGUCAUCCGACAAGGAGCAUGUGGAGUCCGAGGUGUCCCAGUCUGAGGAGAGACAGGAGGAUGUGAUGGACGUCACUGAGGAAGUUCACAUGACGGAGGAGGACCAUGGUGACCACGACCAGGACUCGGGCAUCAUGAGUGCUCAGUCCAGUGAGAUCAAUAUCAAUUUGUCGGUCAAACCUGUGGAGGCUGACAUAAUUGAGGAAGAAGAGGAGGAAAAGCCGUCCAAAAGGUCUACCCGUACAAAGACACGGAAAGCACAGAAGAGUGACAGUAGUGACUGUGAAGAAGUAUUUGUUGCCCCCGAGUCUCCAGCUCCUAGAACACGAACUAAAACACGAAAGCGUCAGGCUGAGGAAGAAGGAAUUCGGGAAGCUCCCAAACCAAAGAGAUCCUGCACCAACUCCAUCUCUUCACCUGAUCAGCCGAACAAAAAUGCUGGUACAGAUUCGGACAGUAUGGCCAGUAGUGAGGACGACAUCACUGACCGCUCUCCAUCACCCACAUGCCCCCCAGACAAGGUUAUCCGUCCCCAUACUUCGUCUUUCCUGAACAGUUUACGUAAACCCUCAUCAGUAGCCAUUGGCACUCCAUCAAAUCUCAUGACUGGCAUGACUUCCUUCGAAAAGAAAACACAGAUUACUCCAAACAAGGCCUCACAGCAGGCUCUGCAGGAGAUGAGGAAGAAGGAGCUUGAGGAGAAGCAGAAGAAGGAUCGAGAAAGGAUACAGAAGCGAGAGGAGAACCUCAAGAUUAGGAUGGAGGAGCAAAGAAGGAAGCGUGAGGAACGGAUGAGGAAGGUGCUGGAAUACCGGGAACAGCGAGAGAAGCAGGAACGGCAGAUCAAGGACACGCUGGCCAAGAAGAUGGAGGAGAAGAUGCAGGUGUCAGAUAAACUGAAAGAAGAGAAACUGAAGGAGGAGAAGGAACUGAAGGCAAAGAUCAGGAUGAAGAAGCAGCAGGAAGCUGAGGAGAGGCGGAAACAGGAUGAAGAAGAAAAGCUACGCAAGAAGCAGGAACUGGAGGAAGAAAAUAGGAGGUACCAAGAGUUAAUGCAGAGGAAGAGGGAAUAUGAGGAACAGGAGCGUCAGAAGAAGAUCGCUGAUGAGAGGAAAAGGCAUGAAGAGAGAAUGGCCGAAGUGGAGCGGGAGAGGGAGCUGGAGAAACAAAGGAUAAGGCAGAUGGAGGAAGAGCGAGAGAGAGAAAGAAUAAAAGCCAAGGAGGAGAGGGAGAAGGCAGCAGCGCGAGAGAAAGCAGAAAGAGAGAAACACGAGAUAGAGAAAAAGAAGGAGAGAGAAAUAGCCUUGAAGAGAGAAAUAGAUAAACUGAGAGAGUUGGAGAAGCAGCGAAUUCAGAAGGAGGCGGAGUUCCGGGAACAAGAGCAGCGUAAGGACGAACAGAUGCGUCAGAUGAUCAAACAACACAACCAGCACCUGGCUUCUUUGCUGCAAAACAUUCAGCAACCACCAAAGCCCAACCUCAACUCCACUGUUACACUAGAUAAAUCAGCAGAAAGUUACACAUCGUAUGAAAUCACCCCUGCUAAGAAGAAGAAAAACAGCAGUUCAGAGAACUACAACAUAGAGGACCUCAACUCGGAGGAUUCCACCGAUGAUGAAGACCAGCCCAAGAAGAGAUUACCUCUCUGGGCACAAGACCGGAAUCUGAAGGCUGCUCUAAUAAACCAACACUAUCAUCCACCAAACACUGAGGGAAUCUUUGGCGCUAUUGAUCCACCCGAUCUCAAUGUCCUGUUCAAGAAAGUCAAGCCGAGGUUCAACAAGCGCACAAGUUCAGCCAUCUGGGAUUCACCUUUGUACAAACCUAAUGGGGCACCUGUUUCAUGAUCAUAUCAUUCAGUUAUCAAGACUCAAUCUCUUUUAUCUCUAUUCCCUCCGUCUGACUGUGAUCUCUCAGUCCAAUGCUUGUACCUUCACCAUCAAUGGCAGGUCUCAUAUUUUUGUUACUUGGUUCAUGGAUCCCCAGAAAUAAAAGGAAUCAGAGGGGAAGAAUUCCAGUGUAAAAACUGUUUUUAAUAGCGCCAAACCUGAUGACACUUAUGAAGAAAAUCGCAAAUAAUUUUUUGUACUGGCAGAAGUAAAGCAUACAGGCUUGUAAUGGUUUGCUGAAACAUUUUCAUAGCUCAUGUGUAACAUACUUCUUAAGGGAACACAAUAUAUACUGAGGGAAACAAAUAAGGGAACACCACUUCAUGGCAGUGUUCCUUUAUUUAUUCUCAGAUUACUCCCACAGCGUUAUUCAAAGCCGGUAAUAAAAACUGGAAAAUAUUAAAGGAACGCUUGAAUUUUCCUGUGUUCCUUUAUUUGUUUCUCUGAGUAUAUUCAACAUUCCUGUCAGAUUUCACCAAAAUGCAAAAAGUUACAUAGAGGUUUAGGUUAUAUUUUUAUUCCUCUCAUUCCAACCAUUUAUUCUUAGUCUGUUCAUUUCAACCAGCGAUCAGAGGUUUGAGAAAAACAACAAUAAACCAAUUAAAAACAUAAUGUUUGAGUGGCACUAUCAAUAUCAAAGACUCCCUCAGUCUGAUGUGAGGGCACCCAACAACCGUGAACCAAUUAAUAUCAAAUAUAGGCCACUAAUGUUUGAGGGACACCAUCUGGCCUUAAAGCUUGCAUCUGGUAGAUGUGAGGGUGCUGUGCUCGUGGUUUUCGCUCCAUGUAAGAUAGGGGAGGUGGGGUAGCCUAGUGGUUAAAGCGUUGGCUCGUCACGCCGAAGACCCGAGUUUGAUUCCCCACAUGGGCACAAUGUGUGAAGCCCAUUUCUGGUGUCCCCCGCCGUGAUAUUGCUGGAAUAUUGCUAAAAGCGGCGUAAAAAUAAACUCAGUCAGUCAGUCCAUGUAAGAUAACAAGCAAGGAAGAUAAACCAUAGGCCAGAACAUACAAGUGCAUAUUUGUAUCAAUACAACAACUUGUUCUUAUUAAUUGUAUUUGUUGUUAAACUCAAUUGAUAUUCUGUACAUUUGUAAAGAUGUAUUAAAUUAUGCAUCGCAAUAUUAUUUUAUUGAGAAACAGGAUCAUUUAUACUCAUUUACUGUCUCUUCAAUUUUUAACUUUGGCACUUCCUGUCUUUCUUUUCCUAAUUCUUGAAUCAUCCAAUCUUCUUCAGUGAUUUUCCUGGUGUUGUCUUGGAACAAUACCGUAUUGUUGUAGUAUGUCUCUCGGUUGUAGCUUCAUGAUAUGAUACAGAUUUUGUGGGAGUUAUGUUAUUUCAGUCAUUAUAUUUACAUGUAUGAAUCAGGGUUUGAUGAGCACUGUGGUUUUCAUUCAUAUGUGAAAAUCGUGGCAGUGGGGUAGUCUAGCGGUUAACUGUUCAAUCGUCAUGACCUGGGUUUGAUUCCCUACAUGGGGACUAGGGGUGAAACGGUAUGGUACAAGGACUUCGGUUAGGUCCGUCUCAGUUCGCUAUAUGAGAUAUGAUCAUAAUGCAGAAAAUUGAUAACAAGAGCCAAACCUUACAUUGUUUAAUAACAUAGGGGAAAAAAUAACCAUAAUAUUUGUUACUUUGAAUGAGCAAAAAUACCAAAUUUUUGCAUUGCAUUACGGUAUACAGAACCGAAAGCAAAUUGCUGCGGUAUACUGUUUCACCCCUAAUGUGUAAAGUCCAUUUCUGAUGUCCAUUCAGCAUGAUAUUGCUGGAAUAUUGCUAAAAGCAGUGUUAAACCACACUCUCAUCUACCAGGUUGAAUAUGUCAUAAUGUGAUAGCUUUAAGAGUAUUCCAGUGGUGUUAUGUCCUUUCAACUUAAUGUUGUAAGACUUGCAUGUGUCAGAUGAAGUGGAUGUGGAUGAGCACUGAUAUGUUACCGAGAAACAUAAAAACAUGUCCCUUUAUACAAGAUGGGGAUGGGAUAGCCUAAUGAUAAAGUGUUAGCUCAACACGUCGAAAACAAGGGUUCAAUUCCCCACAUGGGUAGAGUGUGGGAAGUCCCUCUCUGCUGUUCCCAGCCUUGAUAUUAAUGGAAUAUUGCUAAAAAUGGCAUAAAACCCAACACAUGAUUAAGUGAUACUUCUUAGCAAUGUGAAUGAAAGCAUUUGCUCAUACAAAUCAUACAUUAUUAUUAAGUAUCAACAAAAUGCUAGUUACCAUAUUUCCUCUAAUAAGCGCGAGGCCUCUAAUAAGUGCUGGGUUUGUUUUUAUUAUAAAUGUAGACUCCCUUGAUCCAAAAAUAGAUUUAUUAAGGAAUGGUCCCAACUUUGAAGUAACGCUCACUAACAAUUAAUUACGGUACACCCAGUAAGCGCAAUAAGCCCAGGCAUUUAUUAGAGGAAAUAUGGUAUUUUGUAUCAUAUCGUGGAGCAAUGAUGCCUCAUGGACCUGUUCACCUCACUCAUGUAUUUUGUGAAACUGUCCACUCUUUCAUGUGUAUAUAGCUUUCCUACUGUGUUGUAAAUAUGUAAACAUGUACAUAGGUCAUCCAUCUUAUUAAUAACAUCUCAUAUCUCACAAUACACACAGACCAUUCAUCUAUCAGUGAAUGUACAUUUCUGUUCAUUUACCAGACUGUCAUUUUAAGGAAAGCUCAAUUUCUUGUUGAUUGUUCUGUGCCAUAACAGUAAUACAUUUUUAGCAGUGAAUUUAGUAAAUCUCAUUCAUGUUUUUAUUAAUGUUUAUGUUUUACACAGUGUAUCCAUUUUGUAUUUUUGAUAGUCCAUAGAGCACAGACAUAAAACAUUCUUUCUGUCAUUCCCCAUGCUUAUUGUAGGUACUUAUAACAUUUUCUGGCCUUUCAAUAGCAGUCUAUUGGAAUGAAUGUCAUCUUGGCUGUAUUUAUUUUAAGGACAUAUGACUUAUGCUAAGUAUGUUUGAUUAAAAUCUAUCGGUGUAUGUCAUAUAGGUAUGGAGAAUAUACUAGCUCUGCUUUGUCCCGAUAUAUCAAAGAUCAGCCUCAGCGCUGUGACUCACUGCCAUACUGUGGAUGUCUGUACACAGUGAACUAUCCUCUUUCAUCAAGUUAACUGUCAGUUACUGUGUACAAAUGCUUUUACAGAGUGUAACUUGGUAUCUGCAUUUUCAGAUGAAUGUGAAUAAAUUCUGAAAUGUAA